GCUGCAGACAGAAACAUCAGACUCGGGACAGAAACACACGAUCUCUGAAAAAUGGACCAAACUCUAUUUUUCAUUCUUCUUCUCAUUGCUCUCUGCUCUGUAUCUGAAUGUGUUCAGCAUCAGUAUCACUUUAUAAACGAGAGGAAGAACUGGACUGAAGCUCAGAGAUACUGCAGAGAGAAUUACACAGAUCUGGCCACCGUUGACAACAUGAACGACAUGAACGAGCUGAACAAGAGUGUGAAUGAUGGAAGUGUUCAGUAUGUCUGGAUUGGGCUGAAGAAGACUGGUCGUGAUGAAUGGCUGUGGUCUUCAGGUGAACCUGUGCUCUAUCUGAACUGGGCACCUGGACAACCAGAUGGCACUGAUUAUUGUGCUAUGAUGUUAAAUGGAAAAUGGCAUGAUUAUCCAUGUAGUAAUAGCCGACAUUUCAUCUGCAACAACACGAACGCAGGACUCGUCUUUGUCAAUCAGACGAUGAAUUGGAGAGACGCUCAGAGUUACUGCAGACAGAAUCACUCUGAUCUGGCCAGUGUGAGGAUCCAGAAUGAGAGUCAACAGGUUCAGCAGUUCAUUAGUGAUAGACAGUUAUCUGGAUCAGAAGUCUGGAUCGGUCUGUUCAGAUUCAGAGACUCAUGGCAGUGGUCAGAUCAGAAUAACUCCUCGUUCAGAGACUGGAACAUUGGUCAACCUAAUAAUUAUGGAGGCAAUCAAAACUGUACAGGGAUUUAUCCGGAUGCUCAAGGGCGAUGGCAUGACCUCCCUUGCACCUCUCAAUUAACUUUUGUGUGUCAUGAAGAUAAACUGAUUGUGAUCAGAGAGAAUCUGACGUGGUAUGAAGCUCUGAGAUACUGCAGACAGAAUCAUGUGGAUCUGGUCUCGGUUCAUUCAGAAGAGAUUCAGCGUCGUGUGAUGAACGUGGUUAAACGGGCGUCUACUGCGGCGGUGUGGUUGGGUUUACACAACUACUGCAGCAUGAACAUGUGGCUCUGGGUGAGUGGAGAUAUAAUGUGCUAUCAGAACUGGGUUCCAGGGAACGGAACGACUCCGGAAAACUGCAGCCUCGAGAAGAGAAAAGGAGCAGUUCAGUCUGGAGGAGAUCAGCGCUGGAUCAGCCUUCCUGAAUCUCACAAACUCAACUUCAUCUGCAGCAGAAAUUGAGAGUGAGGAACACUAAUGUUUUUUACGCUAAAUUCCAUCUCCACUGUGUAAUUCUGAUGAAUGUCUGUACUAUCAUGUGUUACUUUUACCUUUGUUAUGUUUAGUAAGUCCUGAGUGAAUCUCCUUAUUUAGGUUUUAAAAGUGGCCAGAAGUCUGUUUUAUUCCUGUAUUAUGAUUUGUGUCUUUUAUGAACCUCUUUGUAUAUCUAGCGUGGUUACGACUCUGUAUGUUUUACACUAAUCAAAUCUUUUGAACACAAACACAUGAAACAGCAGUACAUCAACUCAAAUAAACUCAUC